UUCUGUGAGGCGGACAGACGUCGGCUUGCUUCUUUCUCUUGCGAGAUCCUUUGAGCGCCUGUGUCUUUAAGAGACGCGCCCCGCCCCCGUCUUCCCGCUGACAAGAUGGCGGCCGAGAUAAGAGGGUUACCUUAUGCUAUAUAUAAGUGGAGCUCGUUUUCUUCCAGUUAUUUACCCGAAAACAUUCUGGUAGAUAAACCCAGCGAUCAGUCUUCAAGAUGGUCAUCAGAAAACAACAAUCCACCUCAAUAUCUGAUAUUGAAACUAGAAAGGCCAGCAAUUUUACAAAGCAUAAUAUUUGGAAAAUAUGAGAAGACUCAUGUUUGUAAUUUGAAGAAGUUUAAAGUCUUUGGUGGAAUGAACGAAGAAAACAUGACUGAGCUUUUAUCUAGUGGCCUGAAAAAUGAUUACAACAAAGAGACAUUCACACUAAAGCAUAAAAUAGAUGAGCAGAUGUUUCCCUGUCGAUUUAUUAAAAUAGUGCCACUCUUAUCAUGGGGGCCAAGCUUUAACUUUAGCAUCUGGUAUGUUGAAAUCAAUGGGAUUGAUGAGCCAGAUGUAGUACAGCCCUGUCUUCACUGGUACAGUAAGUACCGUGAACAAGAAGCCAUACGCCUUUGUCUGAAGCACUUCCGUCAGCACAACUACACUGAAGCUUUUGAAUCUUUGCAGAAGAAAACCAAAAUUGCCUUAGAACACCCAAUGUUAACAGAGUUACAUGACAAACUGGUACUAAAAGGAGACUUUGACAGUUGUGAGGACUUGAUUGAAAAGGCUGUCAGUGACGGACUCUUCAGUCAGUACAUUAGUCAGCAGGAAUACAAACCACAGUGGAACCAGAUAAUUCCUAAAAUCUCCAAAGGAGAUGCAGAAGACAAUAGACCAGGAAUGAGAGGAGGACAUCAAAUGGUCAUCGAUGUACAGUCUGAGAUGGUGUAUUUAUUCGGUGGCUGGGAUGGAACUCAAGAUUUGGCAGAUUUUUGGGCUUACAGUGUCAGUGAGAACCAGUGGAUAUGCAUAUCAAGAGAUACUGAAAAAGAGAAUGGUCCCAGUGCCAGGUCCUGCCACAAGAUGUGUAUCGAUACCCAAAGGAGGCAGAUUUACACCCUUGGUCGAUAUUUGGAUUCUUCUGUAAGAAACAGCAAGUCUCUGAAAAGUGAUUUCUACUGCUAUGAUAUUGAUACCAACACAUGGACAUUGUUAAGUGAAGACACAUCUGCAGAUGGUGGGCCUAAACUAGUAUUUGAUCACCAGAUGUGCAUGGACUCUGAAAAGCAUAUGAUCUAUACAUUUGGAGGGCGUAUCUUGACUUGCAAUGGUACUGUGGAUGACAGCAGGACCAAUGAGCCCCAAUUUAGUGGUCUUUUUGCUUUUGAUUGUCACUUACACACAUGGAAACUGCUCAGAGAGGACUCGUGCAAUGCUGGCCCUGAGGACAUCCAGUCACGGAUAGGCCACUGCAUGCUUUUUCACUCUAGAAAUCGCUAUUUGUAUGUGUUUGGUGGGCAACGAUCAAAGACUUACUUGAAUGACUUCUUCAGUUAUGAUGUGGAUCGUGACCAUGUGGAAAUUAUAUCAGAUGGCACCAAAAAAGAUUCUGGAAUGGUGCCUAUGACUGGCUUCACACAGAGGGCCACCAUUGAUCCCGAAUUAAAUGAAAUCCACGUUUUGUCAGGACUCAGUAAAGAUAAAGAAAAAAGGGAAGAAAAUGUUAGGAACUCCUUCUGGAUUUAUGACAUUGUUCGAAAUAGUUGGUCAUGUGUCUACAAGAAUGACCAGGCAUCUAAGGAAAACCCAAAUAAAAACAUCCAGGAAGAGGAACCAUGUCCCAGAUUUGCACAUCAGUUGGUUUAUGAUGAACUGCACAAGGUCCAUUAUCUGUUCGGAGGAAACCCAGGGAAGUCAUGCUCUCCGAAGAUGAGACUGGAUGACUUUUGGUCAUUAAAACUUUGCCGACCUUCUAAGGAAUAUUUGCUAAGACACUGUAAAUACCUAGUUCGAAAACACAGGUUUGAAGAGUGUGCCCAGAAGGAGCCCCUUUGUGCACUGAAAUAUUUGCAAAAUGAUUUGUUUGUCACUGUGGAUCACUCAGACCCUGAGGAGACUAAAGAGUUUCAGCUUCUUCCUUCUGCACUUUUCAAAUCUAAUAAAGACUUCACCCCACUUGGUUUCUCUGAUGUUGACCACACUUACUUUCAGAGAACACAGCUCUUUGAUACCUUAGUCAAUUUUUUCCCAGACUCCAUGACUCCUCCCAAAGGCAACCUUGUUGAUCUUAUACACCUGUAAAAAGAAAAUACCAGGAACACAACAACAACAAUGGACUCUGAGCAGAACAAAGAAUCCCAGAUUGAUAAUCUUUGUUUUUGGCUUUUUUAUGUUUUUUUUUUGCACUGGAGAUUGACUGUGAUAAAGCAAACACUUGGUGCCAUGCUUGAGUGGUAACCUGAUUGCACCCAGUAGUAUCUGAAUGACAAAAACACCCCACUCUCCCCCCACGAAAAUAUUCAUACAUGUUUGGGAGUGGCCUGUGAAAUUAUUCACAAAAGACAGCCCCUCCCUCUCUUUCCCCCACUUACUUUUUUUUUAAUGUUAUAAUGGGGGCAUAUGUGUAUGUUAUAAUAACAUGAGAAAAGCUUAGCAUCAGUGCCGAACAGCAAUAAGUCAAUAAGAAGACUUAAGAAACAUGGACCAGGACACUACUGGGUCUCCUCCUGUACAGCUUCUGUAUUUUCUGUAUAGAGAAAAGAAAUACUUUUUUGCCAUUUGUUUUUUUUUUUUUCACAGCCUUGCACUGCAUUUUUAGUCACUGCUUGUAAAAUAAAUCAAUAAAUGGAAAUGUAACCCAAA